AUGGGGAUUGUUGUGUUGAAAAAUGCUCCAAGAAAUCAACAAAUGACUUCUCCAAAAAUCCAAAAGGAUAUUGUGAAUGCUUGUGCAGUAGAAACAGUUAAGGCUGUUAUUGAGGAUCUCGACGGUGAUUACUUUGGCAUACUUAUUGAUGAAUAUCAUGAUAUAGCAUAUAAAGAACAAAUGGCUCUUGCUUUGCGGUAUGUUGAUAGAAGGGGAAUUGUGAUGGAGCAGUUUAUUGGAAUUGUUUAUAUUCGUAAUACUUCUGCUUUGUCUUUGAAAGCAGCAGUAGAUUCUUUACUUUCUCAACAUUCUUUGAGUCCAUCAUAUGUAUAUGGACAAUGUUAUGAUAGAGCAAGUAACAUGCAAGGAGAUAUCAGUAGCCUUAAAACUCUUAUUCAGCAAGAAAAUUUGGUAGCUUUUUCAAUUCAUUGCUUUGCUCAUCAACUCCAAUUGACACUUAUUGCUGUAGCAAAAAAAAUUGAUAAUGUCACUUGGCUUUUUAACUUGAUUGCUAUGGUGUUGAAUGUGGUUGGGGCUUCUUUUGAACGUGAAGAAGAUAUUCAAGAAGAUCAAGUAGAAAAACUUCAAGAGGCAUUAUGUAUGGGUGAGCUUCAAACGUGCUGA